UCAAGUUUAAGGAUCAAAUACAGAGGGGCAGUGAUUCCGUGCUCUGAAAUAACAGAGAAAAAAAGAGUCAAUUUUAUUGAAACGUGAUACCUAGUCAGCGUAACAUUUAUACUAAUUUGUAAAAGCAGCCGCAGUCAUGAUGAACGGAGAAAUUAAUGGUUUCCACAACUCCCUGAUCGAGGAGGACUGCUUCUUGUUCACCUCAGAGUCGGUGGGAGAAGGACACCCCGAUAAAAUCUGUGAUCAGAUCAGUGAUGCAAUCCUGGAUGCCCAUCUCAAGCAGGACCCAGAUGCCAAAAUUGCAUGUGAAACUGUUGCCAAGACUGGGAUGGUUCUGUUGGCGGGGGAAGUGACAUCGCAUGCUGUAGUGGAUUAUCAGAAAGUUGUGCGUGAAACCAUCCGUCAAAUUGGAUACGAUGACUCAUCCAAAGGCUUUGACUACAAGACCUGCAAUGUUCUUGUGGCUCUGGAGCAGCAGUCUCCUGACAUUGCUCAAGGUGUUCACAUUGAUCGGAGUCAAGAGGACGUUGGGGCCGGGGACCAGGGUUUGAUGUUUGGAUAUGCAACGGAUGAGACUGAUGAGUGCAUGCCUCUUACAAUUAUCCUUGCCCACAAGCUGAAUGCUAAAAUGGCUGAACUGCGACGCAACGGCACUCUCCCAUGGCUCCGGCCAGACUCAAAGACGCAGGUUACUGUGCAGUACCGUCAAGACCGUGGCGCCAUGCUCCCCGUGCGAGUGCACACCAUUGUUGUCUCUGUCCAGCAUGAUGAGGAAAUCUGCCUGGAGGAGAUGAGAGAUGCACUGAAGGAGAAGGUUAUUAAGGCCGUUGUUCCUUCUGUCUACCUGGAUGAUGACACCAUUUACCAUCUGCAGCCCAGUGGGCGAUUUGUCAUUGGAGGGCCUCAGGGAGAUGCUGGCCUGACUGGACGUAAAAUCAUUGUAGACACCUAUGGCGGAUGGGGAGCCCAUGGUGGUGGCGCAUUCUCCGGGAAGGAUUACACAAAGGUGGACCGCUCUGCUGCCUACGCUGCACGCUGGGUGGCCAAGUCCCUGGUAAAGGCUGAACUGUGCCGAAGAGUGCUGGUGCAGGUAUCCUAUGCCAUUGGAGUUGCCCAUCCACUCUCCAUUUCUAUCUUCCACUACGGGACCUCCCAGAAGAGCGAGAGAGAACUGCUUGAUAUUGUGAGGAAGAACUUUGACCUUCGUCCCGGAGUCAUUGUCAGGGAGCUGGAUCUGAAGAAACCCAUUUAUCAGAAGACUGCAGCCUAUGGCCACUUUGGCCGAGACUCCUUCCCAUGGGAGGUGCCCAAAAAGCUCAAAUACUAAACCUGUUAAGCUUUUCCCCCCAGGCUUGUUGGUGUAUACUACAGAGAAGCCUCCAAGGUUCCAGGGGUGAAAUGCACUUCUUUAUUUCCUCUCUCCUCCCCUCACUCACAAAUGACACAUGACUCCCUGCUUCACUUGAUUGUCUUGUUACUAUUUUCUGAUGGCUGCACAGUUGUGCAGGGUUCUAGGAGACACGCCUCAGAAAUUUGGUGUUUUAAAGGCUAGGAUGAGUUCCAUGAACUCAUGCGUCGUAGUUCUUCAUGUUCUCCUGUCUUGAUGUUCCUUCGCUUUCUCGUUGUGAUAGUUGUUGAGUAGCUGCAUUCAUUCGUUCUCCUUUGGCAUUCCAGUCUCGUCAGUACCGUGAGUCUUCAGUGUGAUGUCACUGCGGUAGCAUAUCUGGCAAUAUGUGCUACCCUUAAGUUUCUGGUGCUACUGAAUGUACGGAGCCUGCAUGACAUCUAAACUUGCUUGGAUGCCUAAUUUAACUGAUGGAGAGCCUUCACCUGACAUGAUCCCCUUUCAGUUCAGCUUUUUUAACAUUCCUCCUCUUCGGUUUUGACACUUAUUCCUUGUCCUGGUGUUUGUUGGUUUAGCUUUAUUCACUCAUCUUUGUGGAGGAUCCUGGAAUAGCACAAUUAAAAUGAAAGGGAUGUUACUGUCGUCACUAAAAAUGCUAUGCAUUGCAGGCUAUGGGGAAAGCCAACUCCUAAUCAUACAAGCUCAAAAGAGCAUAAGGCCUCAAAUUUCCCCACAGACCUUUGCUGUUUUCUGACGUAAUACAGAAAAGUCAGAAGCUGCUAUGCCACUGCUUUGGUCUGCAGAGGGUAUCGGAUAUACUUGAUAGGUAUUGGGGAAAAAGUAACUUGUUUAUGCAUUGAAAUUCAAUUUUAACAGUUUUUUUUUUAUUUUUUUUAUGGAUCCCUUGUUUUUUUUUUGUGGUUUUAAAGUGGCUAAAUAUUCUUGUACUCUGUGAGUUUAUUGAUGGCAGGUGUAGCUACAGAGAAACCUGUUUCCCAUCUUUAGCUCAACGGGGUGUGGUUUUUGCUGCAGAGUCUUAUUGACCACGAAAUAAAAACCUCAACACUAUUUAUUUGUUCUCUGAAACGCAGCGUGGAUACAGAGAAGCUGACGUUUCAGAAGGCAGCUUUAAACAGACUUGGAAUUACUGAAUUGUGAAUUAUUUUGACUUGAUCAUUUCAGUGUUUGGCUUGAGGUCCCAGAGUGUUGUACAGAAAAGCUUUGGUCUGCCUCGACGCGUCACUGGCAACUGUAAAUGACUUUUACAGGUUAUUUUUAUUUCUGGAUUGCAUAACUUAUUUUUUUAGGUGGGUUAGUUUUGAAAUCCCGUUAAACUACCAGGUGUGAUUCUUUGGCUCUCAUCUAUCCUCAUUAAUGUGGUGGUCUCAUUUAGCUGGUGUGGUACAGAGAAACCAGCCUUGUUUACAUGGCAUCACAUGAUCUGGAUAGAUUAAAGGUUUUGGUUUUGUUCCCUUUUGCUACUUGGUGGCCAUCCCAAUGGAAUACAGUAAGUGUAAGAGUGCCUUUCUUUUUUUUCCUCCACCCACUCUAAUUAGAUUUUUCCCUUCUCACCAACAUGCAUUCAACUUCCAGAGAAACAAGUAGCUCGUACUGUAAUGUGCUCCAUGUCCGAAUUGGGUAGCUCCCUCUGUAAUAAAAAAGCUAUUCAUCUUAAAAA